AUGCCAUCUCUCGAAGACGACGUACCGUCCUGUUCUCUCUGGCCAUUUGGGCGGCGUCGUCGCCAGAGACUUGAGAAUAGUGGUUGGGCCCGUCUCCCUGAAAGCGACGAGAAGAGUGUCCUCGCCCCAUCCUCAAGCCUCUCAGCAUACUCGGACACUAACCGCCACCCACUCCCAGCGUACUCGGACACGCCGCGCCCGCCGCCCCUCCCUCCCCGCCCAAACGCGUACGCCACUCUAGCCCCCUUACGACCAGCGAACACGGGCCGCUCGCAUGCGUCCUCUGUCUCGGCAGGCUCGGUAACAGGGUCUGUCCACACAGUUUCAACGGUCGAGUACAUGUCACUCGACGCGGAUCCUUUCGACGACCCAGAGUCUCCCGCCCGGGUGGAAUACAUCAGUGCCCGCCUCGCCUGGCUGCAGCAGCACACGCACUCGCGCUCGAUCGAACCCCCUGUGCCGAUCGACCAGCCCCUCUCCCUCCUCGACAUCCAGGACCCCAAGGCGCGCGCACCCGUCCGUGUCGCCGCUACGCUGGGGGAUGCCAAACUCGCCAGUUUGGGCAAGGAGGAGAGGCGCCUCGCCCGCACUAGGGCGGAAGCGGACGCGUGGCGACACGAGGCGAAUCUCGUAUAUCACCAGUUGUGUGCGGCACGGAUCCUUGCUGUGGAGAGGAUGUAUGAGCGCAAUGCUUGGCGGGAACGGUGUGAGGCUGUCGAAGAGGAGAGGGAAAGGGAGCACGAGCGUAAUGAGCGGAGAUGGAGGGAACGUCGUGCCGCAGAGCUGUGCUCGAGUUUGUACAUUGGUAGAAGUUCCUAA